AUGGCUUCGUCGUCGAAGGCCUCAGACUCCUCCUCCCAACGAUCCAAGCGGUCGGAUCAGGGGAUGAUGUGCAGGGACGCCGCUGCCGCCUCUACUGUCCCGAUCCACGGGAACCUGACGCAGCUGAUACGCCAAAUCAAAUCGGGGCGCCUCGCGUACAUCAAGUUUUCUCAAUCGGAUGUGGCGGUGGAUUGGGUGUUUGGCUCUCUUUGCAGGAGAAAUUGGGAGGCGAACAGGAAGACGCUGCAGAGGCACUCCUGCGCGCUGUUCGACGUGGCAGCGGCGGCGGAAGUGGCGUCGAGGGGCACCGAUGGCGGCAACGCGCUGUCGCAGCGCGCGGCGGAGGGACAGUCCAGGUUCACUGGGUCAGAUCUGGCAAACGGGAUAGCGGAGAGGGACUUGGUGUACAUGCAAGAGGAGAACCUAGCGGUCGGGACGCUCGUGCUCUCUAGCUCGGGCGCUGCCGCGCAGCGGACAGUCGUGCGGUUCGUGAAGCUGCCGUUGGUUGAGAGGAUCCUCCGUACACCACUUGGAUCUUCCUGGACAAGUAUGGUGCUGUUGCCUACACCCUCCCCCUCUGAUUACGUCUUAUUAUGCUGCUUCGCAAUUUUUCUUGGAGCUCAUGACCUCAUGUGCCAAAUUGAUCUUAGACGCAGAAACCAAAGAAUGGCCGACGAUCAGUCAGUUGUUGGUAGGAGAAGAAUUUACUAUGAUCCAGUCGGAAAUGAGGCUCUGAUCUGCAGUGACAGUGAUGAAGAAAUCCCAGAACCAGAGGAAGAGAAACACUUUUUCACAGAGGGAGAAGAUCAAUUGAUAUGGAGAGCUACUCAAGAGCAUGGGUUAAACCGAGAGGUUGUUAAUGUCCUCUGCCAGUUUAUUGAUGCAACUCCAUCAGAAAUUGAGGAAAGAUCUGAAGUUCUAUUUGAGAAAAAUGAGAAGCACUCUGCAUCUUCAGAUAAGAUAGAGAGCCAACUUUCUCUGGACAAAACUAUGGAUGCCGUUCUGGAUUCUUUUGAUAAUCUCUUCUGCCGCAGAUGCUUGGUUUUUGAUUGCCGCCUCCAUGGUUGCUCACAGAAUUUGGUAUUCCCAUGUGAGAAGCAACCCUACAGCCUUGAGCCUGAUGAAAACAAGAAGCCAUGUGGUCAUCAGUGCUACCUUCGAUGGAGAGAAGGAUUUCAAGAGAUGCAUGAUGAUGGUCUUGGUGGCUGUGCAACAUAUACUAUGGAAUCAGGAACUGCCUCACACAAAGUUGAUGUUAAUAUUAUGUCUGAAUCAGAAGAUUCAAACCGAGAGAAAGGCAACAUUAGAUCCAUGACACUAGUUGGAACCACAACAACAACAACAACAAAGCCUUUAAGUCCCAAACUAGUUGGAACCAGUGGAUCAAAAAUAAUUUCUUCUGUUAGUGCUGAAGAAAGCACUACUCCGCCUUCAGCAGAUACCUCUGAAACAGAGAAUGUAUCCUCUGAUUUGCCUCCCAGUAGUUUAAGGAAACACAAGAUUUCAAAACAUGGACCUAGCUGUCUCAUUGCCAGAAACUUACUAUCUGGUCUGAAGACCUGCAUGGAAGUGGCCAACUACAUGUAUAACAAUGGUGCAGCGAUGGCGAAGAGACCUCUCUUGAAUAAAUCCAUCUCAGGCGACUUUGAAGAAACUGAACAAGACUACAUGGAGCAAGACAUGGUUGCCAGAACAAGAAUCUAUCGUCGGAGGGGCCGCAAUCGAAAGCUGAAAUAUACUUGGAAGUCUGCAGGGCAUCCAACUGUUAGAAAAAGAAUUGGUGAUGGGAAGCAAUGGUACACACAAUAUAACCCAUGUGUUUGCCAGCAAAUGUGUGGUAAAGAUUGCCCCUGUGUGGAAAAUGGAACUUGCUGCGAAAAGUACUGUGGGUGUUCGAAGAGCUGCAAAAACAAGUUUAGAGGCUGUCAUUGUGCAAAAAGUCAAUGCAGAAGCAGACAGUGCCCCUGUUUUGCAGCCAAUCGUGAAUGUGAUCCAGAUGUUUGUAGGAAUUGCUGGGUGAGCUGUGGAGAUGGUUCACUAGGUGAGCCACCUGCAAGAGGUGAUGGCUAUCAGUGUGGAAAUAUGAAGCUCCUUUUGAAACAACAGCAAAGGAUUUUGUUAGGAAGAUCUGAUGUUGCAGGUUGGGGUGCAUUCAUUAAGAAUCCUGUACAUAAAAAUGAUUAUCUUGGAGAAUAUACUGGUGAAUUGAUCUCUCACAAGGAAGCAGACAAACGCGGCAAAAUUUAUGACCGGGCAAACUCAUCAUUUCUGUUUGAUUUAAAUGACCAGGUGAUGUUGGUGGCUGGCGACCAUCGGGUUGGUAUCUAUGCGAAGGAGCAUAUUGAGGCUAGCGAGGAACUCUUUUAUGAUUAUCGUUAUGGGCCUGACCAGGCUCCAGCUUGGGCUAGGAGACCCGAGGGAUCAAAGAAGGACGAAGCAUCCGUCUCUCACCAUCGAGCACACAAAGUUGCUCGAUAG